AUGGCUGAUCAUUGGUCUAGUGACCGCCCGUACCGUGCUUAUAUUCCUGUGAUCCCUAACAACAACAGCUUCCCCGCCCGUGGUUGGGUCUCGAACUGGGGCUUCAACAAUCUUGCUAGUUGUCGUUUAACCCCGGAUGCUGGCAAAGUGAUUAUUCGGGUCCGCGACAACGCCAGAUCAAUGAUGCAAGCUGUCCUUUCCACUUAUAAGCCCAAAUACGCCAUUCCCCCCAAUCUCUCAUUAGCUUGGUUAGACCGUCGCUUCCCUACAGAGGAGGCAUUGGCCGCCAAAGUUGCAGAGGCCCAAUGUCACGUGUUGCAUCAGUAUGGGUUCAUAGCCUUCAACAUCAAGAGAGAUCCCACAUGGAGAACGCGCGCGGCAUUAUCAACCUUAAAGGAUAUGAUAAUUAACACUGGUCUCGCAGAAUGUGCCUACCGAGGAUGCAUAGUGGUUGUAAAGAAGAUUGACUUGUCGGUCAUGUUCAUGCUCAUUGAGGACAAAGUCCCGUUCCACUAUCAGUGGUUUCCUGCAGAUGUUGGCCCCUUUAACCCUCGAGAGCUCAAAGCAAUCAACUACGACCUUCGUGAAAGUCGCCCUGAGGAAGCGCCCCAGGAGGAACAUCACAUUGUCGACUUGUCGAAUACCCGAGGAUGUUCUUUCUAUCGAGUGAGUAGCGGUGGCGAAAGGGUCGCAAUCACUAGGAAAGUAUUCAAACGCUGGUCGUUUUGGUGCAGGACAAAGCAUCGUAAAUCGCCCUCAGGAGAUGUGUAUUUGCUCUUCCAGGAUGCACCACAUGCCGACGAUAGUCUCACACCUAUUGAUAUGGAGGACAUACAAAGCUCCGAUCAUAAUCCUGACGAUUCAACAGUUCUUGGUAUGGAUUCGUUACCUGAUUAUUCCUCUGACGACGAAGGGGAAUCAACGGAGCUUGAAGUCCAAGAGAUGUUGCCGCUGGUAGUGACGCCAGGCGUUACUAUCACGGCGCUCUCUCAGAGUGAGUUCGACGCUGCGGAUGCCUUUCUGUCAGCUUUGAAAGGUAUUGCUACCGUGACAAUUCAACAGGAGCCUCAAGAUCGAGCGCCACAACAAGAUACAAUUAUCACCUCCUGUUCUCCUGUGGCAUCCCUGAUGCAAGAAAACGCAUCUGAACCUUACUUGCCCCUUCCAGCAGUGCCUUGUCCUACGCGGACACCCGAUACAGGGAUGGAAUUCCCCCCCCAGGACGAAUGA